AUGACUUCUCGUCCUGGCCCGUCAAUAGCACCGCGCACCGCGACUGGAGCCCUUCAGCGCCAGCCCACCCAAACACGCUCCGUCGCACCCCAACACGCCUAUGCGCGCCAGCCGGAUAAUGUCAUUGAUCUGACGGCCGACGAGAGCAAGCCGUCGCUCGCCGACGCCGCGCAGAAAGGCAGUAAUCCAAAACAGACUGCAGACGGCCGCUGGGCGACGCAGGAAAGUCAAUUUGCGGCACAGGAUGGAUUCAAUCGACUUCACGCGCGCGGGAAACCCCAGAUAUUCUUCGAGGAUGAUGCUUCGCACGAUGGCGUGGUGGCUGGACUCGCGAGGUCCGCCUCAGCUGGCCAGCGCAUAUCGCCGACUCUCAACGUCGGGAGCCUGCCUAUCCCCCCGCGUCCGGGAUUUCGCGUCCAGAAGCGACCCUCGCAACAGGGAUUAAAAACAGCGUCUUCGGUUAGCUUGGCUGGGAGCAAAAAGGACUCCACUCUACGGUCCGGGCCUUUGGAUACCCCGGUGGAAGCCAUGCGCCUAUCUCGCGGCAAGACAGUAGACUUCUACCCCUGGAACGGAAGCCAUCCUGAGGAUGCACUCUCGGCGGAGGUUGUCAAGGUCGGCUACUUUGACGAUCGCAAGGGCCAGAUCGACAUCAAUGCGGGGAAGACGUACGUCGGGCCGCAGUUGAGAAAUAAGACCACUCUCUCGACGCUUUCAUCCAUCUUCGUCCAGGCGCUUGAGAAACGGUCGGCGUCUGGACGUGUCAAGGAACCAUCUUCUUUCAAACCUCCGCCAAGAAUUACGGUGACGGAUACGAAAAGAGAAGAAUGGCUCCGAAACCUGGCCAAUCCCGCCUUGCCUCCUGGCAUUCUAACAAGGAGAAUACCCCAUGGAAUAAAAGGCAAGCUCCUUCUCGAGCAGUGUUUGGGCAAGAAUAUUCCCAUCGCUAGGGCUGUCUGGCUUGCCAAAUGUGUUGGUGCCAACGAGAUGCGCGCAUGGAUGAGGAAGGGCGCUAGUAGCACCACCGGCAUGGGUGGCGAGCUCAAGUGGGUCCGGGAAUGGACAGUGUUUGUCGAACAAUUCGUGGACAGUACAAUCAGCAACUGUGGCCAGCCCGGCUGGAAGUCGAAGAUGGACUAUACAAUUCGUUUGUCUUCACAUCUGUACACGGAACGCCUGCUGGACCAGGACCACUAUCUGGACUGGCUCAUGACGUCGCUCGAAGGCAGCGAACUGGAUCGGUUGCCUGUCUGGCUUCUUCUUGUUCAAAUCUACUGGCAAGACCUUGUUGCCAUUAGACGGCGAGGCCGAAGGUUGGCCGAAGCACUGCUGAUGCAUUUUGACACCAUGACAGCUGGUGACAAUGCUGAAGUGGAUCACCCCAUGGCACAACGAACGCGCCUGCUCCUUACCACUCUCGUCAUGUCUCAUCGCAAUUGCAUGGUCGUACCAAAAUCAUGGAAAAAAUAUCGCCAUGUCCUGAAGAAGCUCUUAGUGGACGGUAGCACGCCAGCUCUUCAGGCAGCCAUCCUUUCAAUAGCCAGGAGAAAUGAGCGGUUGGUUGAAUGGGGUCACAAGUCCGGUAACACCUACCAAUCCCCUCAGAGGCAGGUUUUGACGAUGUUGGACGCGAUAUCCCUCGACAUCAACAUUGAAAGUCUUUCGAAGAAAUGUUUGACGGCACUGCCAGAAUCUGGACCCUUGGUAAACACCGUGCUACAGUGGGCAUGCUCGCUCUAUCGUGAGGGUAGGCACAGGAUCUACGUGACAGCUCGACUGCUGCGCAAAUGGAGGACCAAAGGCAUAGACACAGAUAGUGCUAUUCUCGCAUUCCUCGGCGACCGUCAGAGGCUAAAGGUCAUCAACGGAAGAGGCCUUUUCAGGCUUGUUGGCGAGCUAGUUCGUUCAAAACACCUUUCCGUCGGAAGGUAUCUCCAGUGGCUUAUCGCAUCAGGUAGCCUCUCGGCUAGUGGAGACAUCACCAAGACUCAUGAUUGCCAUUUGCGCCUCAUUGCCGAAAUCCCUCUACACGGCCUUCCGGAGCAUGUGCUCAACCUUCGCCACACACUUCUCCAAGUAGCGCUACGCAAUAACCCCGGUGCUCUAGAUAUCCUGGAUGACCAUGUAUCUAUCACGAAGCAGCUGGCUGUCCUAUUUGAACCUGACAAUGGCACGGCAAUAUCUUUUGAUGUCCGAUUUUCUGAACUGAGCACGGGCGUCAGACUUGAGCUCAGCCACUGGAUGAGGCAAGAACUUUUCUCUCGCCUGAUAAAUUCAAAUGAUUCGACUACCAAUGAGUCCGACAACGGAAUGAAAGACGAUUACGCCCUGACACUCUCACGCUUUUACUCCAUGAGAGAUAUCAUGGAGCAACUCGAGGAUUUUGCUAUCCUCGCUGAUAUCCUAGGCAUCUCGAUCGAAUCCGACGAUCAACUGAUCUUCGCCGCCAUCGCCGACACACUCAACUACCACCACCGGACUUUUGCUGCCAUUGGCGCUCUCCGUCAUCUAUUUGACCGCUUGGUAGAGCGUUAUGGCAAACUCAGGCCCGAAAAGCCGUUGGAGCGACCUUUCCUCUUAACGCUCGCAGAUCUUUGUUGCCGACUCCACGCCGAUCGCCAGAUACUAGAUCAGCUGAAUCUAGACAUAGCCCGUCUCGAGCAACGAUCCGCUGUAGCUGCGUGCUCUCCUGCGUCCGAUAACAUGGCCGAUUUCCAUAGCGCGAAGAUGGAUGCAGACGAGGAGAUUGACCGCAUCCUGACAAGCGGCACAAGCAUGGACGAGAAUAUGGUUCAGCGUGUGUUCGCCAGAGUGCUCGCGCGCAUUGAUGAACAGAUUGGUAACAGCGUCGGACAGGGCAGCAAAUUUGGCCAGUGGUUCCAACGUUUGAAAACCUUCGACGAGAAAGCGUUCGAGAAACUCAUGUCAGAGUGCGUUUCGAACCUCUUGAUCAGCCCGAAAGAGGAGUUGCUCGGCUGUACGCUGCCUUCUGCUGUCGGAUCCGGAUGCCUGUCUUUGGAAAGCUUCGUUACCUUUUCAGCCGAAACCAUCACUGCAUUGCGCAAAGCCAAUCCCGCUUUGGCCGCUGCAGCUUCUUUGCGCAUUCUUGAUGCCAUUCUACCCAUGGAAGGUCUCCAGGGACUUGGCCAAGUUCAUGAGAUAUACCGGUACAGGUUGGAACAGGAGAAGUUCUGUGAGGAUUCUGCGCAAGUCGCACUCCGGCUUGUUCGUCAGGCACUUGACCUAUGUUCCACGUCGAAAGGGAACUUCAUGGAACGGCUUGCUACGGUACUUUCAAGUGACCGUCUGCUACGAGUCUUGCGAUUCCAUGCGUCUCGCAAUGCGCAAGACUUCUGUGUUGCCAUUGGUAUCGGACAGCCAUUGGAUAACUCAUCAAACCCCACAACCCUCGACGAAUCCCGCGCAACAGUCCUCAAAGGAGUACUAGAUUCACUAAUAGACUCCGAUGAUGUGCUCGGGCUGUCGAAGCUUGAUGCUGAACAACAAGCCAGCGCGCUGGUAAACUCUGCAGACGACUUAUCGGUGCCGUUUUGCCAACUCGAACUCCAACUGUUGUUCAAGAUCCACACCGAAAGUGACGAGGAAGGCGAGCUGGGGGUUGCCGAUGCCAUUAUCCAGUCUAUCAAGGCCUCGGUUGAAGCAGACAAGUCAACAUGGCCAGAUCUUCUAACCGGCUUGGAUGGUGAAAUGACGCGGAAGCUCCGUGAAUAUGCAGAGACGCAUAUCCUUUCCGCUGUGACGACCCUCCACAAAUCCCGCGCCACUUCUGCCGAAGAACAACGAACCCCUGCAGAGGCAAAGGAAGAAGACGAAAAGGUGUUGCAACGGUACUUGUCCGUUCUCGAUCUGACGUCCUGGAGCUUGGAAGACAAAUCCCAGGGCCAAAUUAUCCCGGCGCUCGCUGAAAAACUUAAACUCUUGCGCGAGGUUCUGACCCAUUCCGCUCAGGUAAAUCAAACCCAGGCGAGUGACGGAAAAGAAGACUUGUCCAGCAUGAGUGCUGCAGGUGCACUGUGUCCUUGGAUACAUGCCCUGCUCCAUGUACUUGUCGUGCACAAAUCCUUUUUGGUGUCGGUGGCGGGGAAAAUUAGUACGAACCAUCAGGCCGCUCUGAUGUGUAUUUUGCGGAGUUUCCUUCUUCACCCGGGAUUGCAGCCAUACGCCGUCACGACAGAGUAUAUAUUCGACGUUGCUGCAGCACUAUCCGAUGAUCUUCCCGACGAGGUACGCGUUCAGCUUCUGCGCCUCGAAGCCCAAAAGCCGAUGCAUGACCCGCGAAUCGCCUUCCUCUUCGGCCUGUCACCCACACCAGAUGCUUGGCUUGGUCUCAUUACGCCCAUCCAGCAACGACCUGCCACGCCCUCGACACCUGGCGGGGCCAACUCCCACGCCCAGAUGACACAGGCACAAGCACAGGCACAACGCAACGCCGCGGCUCAGCAUCAGCAUCAGGGCUUCUGGCAAGCGCAGAGGCACCAUCAUCAGCAGCAACAGCAGCAAAUCCAGCAGCAGCAGCAACAACAACAACAUCCCCAACAUCAGCAACGGCCAGGCUUAGGGCUCAACGUCGCUGGCCUCGGCGGCGCUGGUGUAGGAGGGCCGGAUAACUACAACAAGCCGGUACCAUUCCACCUACGACGGUGGGAGAUUCUGCCCGACAGCAGCACCAACGCAACAGUCGGCAACGAAACGAGUCUUAGCUUGACGCUUUUCGGAGCGAAGAAGGUCGUUUAA